CCUCUCCAUUGGCCGGGGCGGAAGGGGGAGGGAUCCAGGGCGGCUCUGGUGCUUUAAACAAACUUUUCAGGAGGACUGCCCGCUUCCCUUCCCACUGCUGUGUUGGAUCCAGACAAAAGGAGUUUCAAAGACUCCCGAACAUUUCCACCUGAAGCUGAGGGCCCGGAUCCAGCCGUCGUCAUGUCGAGCAAGCGCGCCAAGGGAAAGACCACCAAGAAGCGCCCCCAGAGGGCCACGUCCAACGUGUUCGCCAUGUUCGACCAGUCUCAGAUCCAGGAGUUCAAGGAGGCCUUCAACAUGAUCGACCAGAACAGAGACGGCUUCAUCGACAAGGAGGAUCUGCACGACAUGCUGGCCUCUCUGGGUAAGAACCCGUCUGAUGAAUACCUGGAGGGCAUGAUGAGCGAAGCACCGGGGCCCAUCAACUUCACCAUGUUCCUCACCAUGUUCGGGGAGCGGCUCAACGGCACGGACCCCGAGGACGUCAUCCGCAACGCCUUCGCCUGCUUCGACGAGGAGGGAUCUGGCGUGAUCCACGAGGAGCACCUGCGGGAGCUGCUGACCACCAUGGGCGAUCGCUUCACGGACGAGGAGGUGGACGAGCUGUUCCGCGAGGCGCCCAUCGACAAGAAGGGCAACUUCAACUACGCCGAGUUCACCCGCAUCCUCAAACACGGGGCCAAAGACAAGGACGACGAGUAGAGUAGAGGAGUGAGGGAGGGAGGCGGCCUCAGCCCCCUGCACACACACACUGCUCCAUCAGUCAGCUCUUAGCUCCAGAUAAUCUACAGCGCAACACUAAACCAUUCUUUCACCUGAGGUGUCCGUCCUUCAUCUGCAUCGCACAGCUACGCGUCACUGUGACUAAAGGUUGUCUGACCUUUUGUGUGAGGCCUGGUUGGACUCUACACCAGCGUGUGUGUGUGUGUGCAGGGGGUGUUUGGACAGCCUGAUUCAGUGCUACAUACAGUACCAGCCAUGUUUACCUCUACCUGCCUUUCUUAGCUACCACAGCUGCACAAGCACUGCAAAAAGCCUCCUUUGUACAAUUCAUGCCUCCGAAUUAUAGAAACAGAUUAGGAAACAGGUCUUUGUGACAGUUUUUGACAAUCAAAGUAGGAAUUUAUUUUAGGGAUGUUUAAAUCUAAAGGAAUUUUGUCCUCCAUCAGCUGGUUGUGCAUUUGCUGAAGGAUCCAGUCUGCUCCUGUUGUUGAAAGAACUUAUUCUUGAAACGUGUAAGUCUAAUAAAAUAUCUUUUUCAUGCCAUG